AUGAAGAGCUUCACACGUAUCGCCGCAGGGUCAUUGAGACAACCCCGACAAAGUUUACCUAGUACCAGACAUGUAUGCCAUUCCUGCCAGAACCUGCGCCUAAGCAGGAUUGGACAGCGGCAAUUUUCCCAGACAGCACCGUCUCUAACAGAUUCGUUCGGCUUCAAAAAAUAUUCUCUCCCGCGCAGCUUUAAGCCCAAGGAAAUAAACCUGCCUGCCAAGAUGGCUAGCCCACCUCCCCCAGAUCCGGCGCGGAAGCGGCUGGCAUAUAUCGCCCUGGGAAGCAACUUGGGGGAUCGUAUUGGCUGGAUAGAAAAGGCCUGCGCCGAGCUGGAUGCGCGGGGCAUCAAGGUCAAGCGCACAAGCAGCCUGUGGGAGACGGAGCCCAUGUAUGUGCUAGACCAGGAUAGAUUCGUCAAUGGUGCCUGUGAGGUUGAGACAACUCUUGAGCCACUUGCCCUUCUGGAUGCUCUCCAAGAUAUCGAGAACUCCCUUGGUCGCAAAAAGAUCAUUGACAAGGGCCCGCGUAACAUUGACCUCGAUAUCCUUCUCUAUGACAACAUCAAGUUCAACCAUGAGCGCCUCACAAUUCCUCACAUUGGAAUCCCCGAAAGGGAGUUUGUCUUGAAGCCUCUUGCUGAACUUAUCCCCGACAAACCUCUGGACCCCGACCGACCAUGGACCCUAACCCGGGACUUACUUGAUGCCCUACCUUCUUCUACUACUCCUAUCACCACUAUGACCCCGUUGUCAGCACACCACCCCCCCAUCAUGGCUCUCAAUCCAGCCCGGAAAACACACGUCAUGGGCAUCCUCAACAUGACCCCUGACUCCUUUUCUGAUGGCGGCCAAAACACAUCCCUUGAGGAGCAAACUUUGAUCUCCAACAUACGAUCCUUCUUGGACGCAGGCGCCACCAUGAUUGACGUUGGCGGGCAGUCCACCGCCCCCAACUGCCCCGAGGUUUCAGUAGAGGAAGAGCUCAACCGAGUGCUCCCGGCUAUCAAGCUCAUCCGCUCUCAUUUCUCAGAUAGGCCGGUGCUCAUUAGUGUGGACACCUACCGAGCAUCUGUCGCCGAGGCUGCCGUUGCCGCCGGCGCUGAUAUUGUGAACGAUGUCUCUGGUGGAAGCAUGGACCCGGAGAUGUUGCCUACUGUUGCGAGGUUGGGGACAACCAUCUGUCUGAUGCACAUGAGGGGGACACCGGCGACGAUGAACAAUCUUGCUGAGUACCCUGAUUCUGAAGGAGGGCUCAUCGGCGGGAUUGCUAAGGAACUGGUGGAGAGGGUAGCGGCUGCCGAGACGGCUGGUGUUAGACGGUGGAGGAUCGUGCUUGACCCUGGGUUAGGCUUCGCCAAGGUUGGCUGGCAAAAUGUCGAUGUGCUGAGGCACUUGGAUGAGCUCAGGUUCUGGCCUGGGUUGCAAGGUCUGCCGUGGCUUGUCGGGUCCAGCAGGAAGAGCUUCAUUGGGAGGGUGACAGGCGUACCGACGCCGAAGGAGAGAAUAUGGGGCACAGCCGCGACAGUUGCGGCUGCUGUUCAGGGAGGAGCGGACGUGGUGAGGGUCCAUGAUGUCAGGGAGAUGGCGCAGGUGGUAGCGAUGGCGGAUGCUAUCUGGCGGUAUUGA